AUGCUGCUCCGAUCCACUCUCGCCGCACUUCUCGCGCUCUCCACAACCGCCCUCACCGCCCCCGCGCCCGCCCCAGCACCCGUCGACGCCCAACUCGUCCUCAACCAAGCGAUCAAGUGGUCUGCCGGACGGGUGUCGCAGCUGGGAGACGAUGGCGUGCAUGCGAUGACGCAGUGGGGAUGGUCGGAUUGUGGCGAGCCAGGCGAUGCGCUCGAGAUCGAGUCGAUCAAGGUGACGCCCGACCCGCCCAAGCCCGGCCACAAAUUGACCAUUGAGGCGUCCGGCAAGGUCAACACGCUCAUUGACGAGGGGACUUACGCGGAUGUUACGGUCAAGUUGGGCUUGAUCAAGCUGUUGACGAAGCGGUUCGACGUUUGCGACGAGCUCGACAACGCGAACGCAACCCUCUCCUGCCCCAUCAAGCCCGACAGUUACAACAUCACGCAGAGUGUCGAUUUGCCCGCAGAGAUCCCCCGCGCCAAAUUCCAGGUCAACGCCAAGGUUUUUACGCAGAAGGAGGAGCCAGCAGCCUGCAUCGACUUGUGGAUCAACUUCCUCGUCCCCGACCAGCACUAG